GUGGAAACACUUUUGCCAACAUGGCGAUUGCAGCUAGAAAAAUUUUAUUAUUUUUUCUAUAUUUUUGACGCAUUUGUACGUUUAAUUGGGACUAUUCUUAAUAAUAAUGUUUCUUUAUUUACUAAGUUGGCUUGCUACUUUCAUUCAAAUACUCUUUUUGACAAUAGCACUGGGUAGGUAUUCUUAUAUUACAUAUUUUUGCAUAAAAUUAUCAAAAUAUUUGAAACAUUGUCCUUUGGUUGAAGAUACAGUACGAGUUUCGAGUACAACAUUGUCACUGUUGGUUGUAUUGGUUGACAACUUUACAAUUUCAUUAAGCAGAAUUAAAUGCUAUGAUAAUUAAUUAAGAUAAUUAAUUUAGAUAAAUGCCAUGAAUUUACAUUUUACCCUAUGGUUCAUACAGUGGAACUCUGUGUUCACAUUUAAAUAUCCUAUAUACUACUAGUAUAGUAAUACAAAUACACCUUUCCGGAAAGUAUGUCAUGUUGGCUAUAGAGCCUUGUUUUUAUGUAUCUGAUAUAAGUUAAAGCAUGACUCAAUCAUGAAAAAGAGGCUCUUUUAUAGUCAAGGUGACAUGCAUUCGGGAAGCGUGUAAUGACUUCACUGAUGGACUCACUUCAGGCAACGGGAGAUUGGUUUGGUUGGUGGGGGCAUGCUCCUCCAGAAUAUUUUUAAAAAUAGAUUCUCCGAAUUGGCACUUUUCAACAUGGGAUAGGGCUCUAGUCCCCCUAUAGCCCCCUCCUGUUCCUCUGCCUAUGAGAAUAUAUAUAAAAGAAAAUGCGCUAUACCGCUCUCUUCAAUGGGCCAACAAGUUGUUCACUUGGUUCACAUGUCAAAGUGGCAAAAGGUGCACUACAAAGAUUGGACUUGUGGCAUGACAGCAGUAUGGUCUGAACUGCAGGCAUUCUUGGGAGAUCCUACUCUAAAACCUAAACAUAACCCUACCCUAACUCUGUCACUAACCCUAGAGAGUUAAAUUUAAUAGAAAGAAAAAAAAAAUUAAGUUUCCAAAAAGUAAAAAUGCUUCAGCAGGACUUGAACCCCACAACAUCUCACAUCACAGCAGCGAGCUGUAACCACUGAGCUACUGGGAAGCUUGCUAAUUGAAACCAGAAAAAAAAUAUAUUAGUGAUAUGAAUGUCAUAUUUAGUUGCCAGACAAGAUUCCUGUUAUUAGCUGCAAGUAAAGAUAUGCAUGUCUGCCUGACUGCCCCCAUUGACAUUUUAAACACCCAUGGACGAGAGUGAUUUAUAAUAACUCUAAGCAGCUUUGCAAUGUAAAAUUAAACUACACUGGAGUAUACAUUUAUGAUUAUGUUAUCCAAUAUAUAUGCAUCUCUUUCAUGCAUUGAAAGGCUAUACCAAUGCAAUAUUGUUCUCACUUUUUGUAGCAUCAGCACUAUACUAUCUGGCAGAGCUAGUGGAAGAGUAUACAGUGAUCACAGGAAAAAUUGUCAAGAUUACAAUUGGAGUAAGUAAACAACAUAUGGAAAGAAUCAAAACUGAGAUGUCCUUCGGCUGAAUAUAUAAUGCAUUAUGCUACUAUGUUGCAUUUUCAGUUUCUUAUCCCCCCCCCCCCUCGCUGCGAUUUUAGGUGUGAUUUCUUCUCCCGAUGUAUUUGAACGAAUGGAUGAGUUAGGAAUGUUUAGAUGAGGGUACAUAUACUCAGAACAUUCAUAACUUAAUUAUUCACCUGUUCACAUCCAUCAGAGAAAAUUGCAGCAAAAAUUGCAAGUGUAAACAGUCCUUGAGGCAGCUGUGCAGUCAAUGCCAUUACUGCUGUUUCGUCUUCCAUUAUUACUAGACUAAGUGCAUAUGAUUGACCAAUAAUUGGUAUUGGGCCAAAUUUUGCCUUAUCGUAGACAGUUAUCUGCAUCUAAUAUUAACAAUUAGUGGCCUAAGUUAUGUUGCAUAUUGCAGCUUAUUGAAUUAACAAAUGUAACAUUUUCUUUUACAUUUUCUCUUUUUUGCCAGAUUAUUUCUGUUGUCUAUGUCGGUCUAUUACUGUUUGAAAGUUUUCCUUGGCAUGUAGUCUUAAUGGGUUUGGUCACAAAUAUAGUUUACUACAUGCUGCUCAAUGACUUUCCUUACAUUUCUUUUACAUCUCCUGUUUUCCUUCUCAGUGUAGGUGUGUAUAUUUGUUUUCAAUAGUAGUAUUUUGUAGGUUAUUGCUAGACCAACAAGGUGAAUGGGCAUGAGGAAAUUUCUGCCAUCCAGAGACAGAAGGGAGAAGAUUUAUUUCUGAUAAUAUUAUAUGUUAGGAAAUACAUUGUAUGAAGGGAGUUGGGGGGUUACCUUCCAAUUAUUUUCUCCUUGUAGGAUCGAGUUAUAUAUAGAUGUUUUCUGGAAUGACCCAGGCAUUCAUUCUGCUAAUCCAUGCAAUAACUAAUCUUUGGUCAUUUUUUAUUUUACAGCAUUAGUUUUUGUCAACCAUUAUUUGGCUUUUCAAUAUUUUUCACAAGUCUACUAUUCAUUUUCAGAGGUAGAGUAUCAGCAUGCAUAUACAAAUCCAUUACAAGUCUUGAUUUGCAGUUCUUAAUUACUCCAAUCCCGUAUUCCGUAAUGUAUGCAUUAUUUUUAAUAAUAUACCAAUGAAAUGCUUGAAAUGACUGGUCAUCCCGAAUACCUAUGCCAACAUUUUGACAAGUGGUUUUCAUUGCGUUGCAGAAUGUACAAUUUAAUCAUGCACUAGCUAGCUUAUGAAUAGACCUUUCCCCUUAUGAGUGAAAUUUUGAUCUAGAUAUGCCUGGACAAAAAUUUCAUCACAGCUUGAAAGGGAAAUUUCAUCACAGCUUGAAAUUUCAUCACAAAAUUAGUAAUAUUCCGAAGUUUCGUUGCGAAAUGUUGUAAAAUGCGGAUAAUAUAGCCUUGCGAAGUUUGCCGUUUUUCAGUCAUUUUGCAUUACAAAUGAGAAAUUGAUAAUCAGAUGAUCAAACUGAUUAUCAAUUUCCCAUUUGUAAUACAAAAUGACUGAAAAACGGCAAACUUCGCAAGGCUAUAUUAUCCGCAUUUUACAACAUUUCGCAACGAAACUUCAUUGCUAAUUUUGUGAUGCUCUUUCAAGCUGUGAUGAAAAUUUUGUCCAGACUUGUCUAGAUCAAAAUUUCACUCAAAAGGGGAAAGGUCUAUUCUGUUCCUAAGAAAAAAAUCUUAGUUUUGCAUGUAUUUAAAAGCACUCCUACAGUUUUUGCCCAGGUCAGAGUCAGUCCAGGAAUGCACAUAAACUGGACCAGUUGUCCAGCUAUAUUAAAUACAUCAUUGUGUAUACCUGUAAAGAGUUUUGCUAUGAGCAUAUUACAAAUGAAAAGGUUUUUCUUUCUUUAGAUACUUGGAUAUUUUACAGUUUGCCUUUGGAUUUUACCAUUUGCAUUUUUUAUAUCUCUGUCAGCAAAUGAAAAUGUCCUACCAACAGCUUCCAUGCAACAGGGCUCUAAUACAGGUGUGUUACCAGUGGUGUUUGAUAAAAUAAAUAAUUUUAUGACUCAGCUAAGAAUAUCUUUGUGUAGGGGCGGCACUAGACCUCUUUGAAUUGGGGGGGGGAUCACAACAUCAAAAAACAUUUCCCAACAACAUAUUUGUCCAUCUUACUUUGCAUUUAACCACCGUUGUUCGUUCCAUUUUUCCCUACUUUUUUCGUAAAAUUUCUUCACAUUUUAGCUAUCAUUCUUAAUUUUUAAUCGGUGUCACUCAACUAUUUUAUUUUUUCCUUCCUAUCCAAAUCCAUGUUUUGCCGACUAUCUGAUGACUGGGGGUGUCCCCCCCUCCAGAGUGACAGUUCCCAAUUCUCAAAGCUAUCAUAAGACAGUCAUUGAUUAUAAAGUAAUCUAUUAAUUUUCCUACUGAGAAGAAUUAAGGGAACAUCCCUUACGCUCCUUUAUUUGUGCAUAUUGCAUAAGAAAAACUAUUGACGUUUUUAUAUUUAUUUAUAUAUCUUCCAGAUUACACAUACGCCGGUCAAAGCUCCUCAAAACGUCAAGGAAUCCUGGCCAUAUUUGACUUCAUAUAUAUUCAAUUGCAAAACAUCUUGCCAACUCGAUCUGCUAAGAGUUUUUAACAUGAAGAAAGGAAAAAAACUAUAUUUAUUGAACUACCAGUUUAUCGUAGUGCAAGUUAGUUUUAUCUUUUAUGCGGCGCUUAUAUUAUGUCCAUGUGCGUCUAGUAAGUUUGUUUAUAUGAGUAGAAGUGGACAUUCUCUAUUGAAGACAAUGUACAUACAGACACACUACACUAAAAUAAAAGCACGAUAAAUUAAAAAAAAAAUUGCGACGCAAUUUCGCACACAGGAAGUGAAGAUAUUUGAAAGUGGUUUAACCUAUUUGUGUGUUACUUUUAAAAUGCUAUUUCAUUUACUAAUAAAGUAAAUUGAAUAUCUUUAGUCGUGUUGUGAUUUUCUUUGUCAAGACCGAUAAACUUCACGCGACAUCGAAAGGCGCCAAACAGCGUGGUAUUACAAAUAAGCUAGCCUAAAGCUUCACUAAGUAAAAGUGAUACUGUACAAC